ACCGGAGGGUGGGCCCUCUGUUGACGUUGUACGAGCAGUUCAUUGAUUCGAGUGCCAUUAGCAAUCCGCGGCAUUGGGCAAUGGUUUUCCUUAUUGGAAGAGCAUGCUCCGACCUAUAUUAUGUGUAAAGGUUUCCAAUGAUGCUCAACCACUUCCAUGUCAGAUUUCCAUAUUGGGUUUUCCGGCAGUUGGGAUCAUCGUUCCUUACAACGAGCGUCUCCUCUGGGUGAUUGCUAUUGGCCGCUUGGUCUUCGUCAUUGGCAUGCAAUUGCUUAACAUCCCAGUUCUACCUCAUGUAGUCAAUGCAGUUCAGCGCGUCAUGGAAGUUGCUCGCAGGUUGUGGUUGCAUGGAUUGUGUUCUAGGAGUCGUGACAUUCAUAUUCUUAGCAGGAAAUGCGCUCUUGCAUCACGGAACCUCUACUUGGCUGGGAUCCCUGCCUACACGGAACCCACGUGGGUUUGA